AUGUUUGAGAAGGUAAUUGAGUCAGUACUAGAAGAGUACGUGAGUGAAUGGGUCGAAGGUCUUGAGUCCGAGAAGAUGAAGGUGGCACUGUUUGCUGGAAAGGUCGAGUUUCGAGAUUUAAGAAUGCGCGGUGCCGCCUUGAACAAGUUUCAGCUGCCGAUGAAAAUGAAAUCGGGUAGUGUGGGCAGGCUGAGCAUUAAGGUUCCGUGGAAGAAACUGACCUCGCAAGCUAUAACGAUCAAGAUUGACGAUGUGCUUCUGGUUGUGGAACCCACUGACCCGGCUGAAGUAAAGACUCAAGAAGAUGAUGAUGACUCGUACGCACUUCGUACUCGCUGGGCAAAACAGCAAGAGGUGAGGAUGCUUGAGUUACUGGAAACGGCAAAGAAUGAUGGCAAUCUACUGAACGCGAGCGAAUACGAAGGAGAUCCCGGUCUUGUCGAUUCAGAUCCAACGGCGUCCUGGAGCUAUCGAAAAAAAAUACUUAGCACCAUUAUUGAUAAUGUUUCGUUUGAGCUUUCCAACAUUCACAUUCGAUACGAAGACUCAAAACACCUGGCGUCAUCGAUUCCUCUGGCGCUGGGUCUAAUGAUCGACUCAAUUUUGAUCAUGACUACAAAUGCUAAUGGACAAGCGGCGUUUGUGGAUCGCGCUCAAGCUCGCACUGCAUUUGUGCACCGACGCUUGGAUGUGGUACAGGCUAGUAUCUACAGUGACCAACUAAAAGGAACAGAAAUAAAAGUCGAUAGAUGUUUUACAGCCUCAGGAUCGAAUAUCGUCCAUCCCUUCAGUACUCAUAUCAAUUUGGUGCGGAAUCAUGAUGAACGAUCAGCAUCUGCGAUCCCAGUGUUGCGGAGCUCGACGGAAAUUAGUGCAAUUAGAGCAUAUAUUACCCCAGAGCAGAGUACUUUCCUGAUUGAUAUCGCCAACUUUGUAUCUGCCCACGAGAUGUACUUAAAGCGUAUACACUUUCAGCGAAAACGACCAAGUGUUUCUGUCCGCUCAAGCGCUAGACUUUGGUGGCGAUAUGCUUUGCGUGGCGUGAUGGAGCUUCACAAAGGCAAAAUUCCGGAUAAACAAACAACAAGACUUAAAUCGAGUAAUAGCCUACCGCGUACGGCAAAACUUGUUACUUGUCGGUGUAACUGGAAACUUUUUGCGACAUUAUGGUGUGCUAGAAAGACGUAUAUUUAUUUGUACAAGAACAUGACCCGCGCCGCUAAAAAGAAAAAGCUAGAUGUCGAGAGUUUGAUGGCAGAUCGAAAUCGACUUAAUGAGCUGGAGGACAGAUUAGAGGUGUCAACAAUUGUUUUCUUUCGAUUGUGUGCUAAGAGAGAGCUUGAAAUUGAAGGUCAAGGUCACGAAUCACCACGAAAGUUAUCACAAUGGAAAUCGAAAUGGUCUGCAGGACGCACAUCAAGUGGAAAUCCCAGUAGCGGAAUCUUGAUUGGACGAGAAAAUCUAUUGGAUAAGAUGGAAAUUUAUUUGGCUGUGAACGCUCGAAUGCAUGCUUCAUUCGAGGCUCGAACCUCUAGUUUUCAUUGUGAGAGAAGUGCUGAGGCAUUAAACUUGGCUUUGGAUUUAGUCGUCACUAGCUUUGAGGUUGUCCUUGUAGAAAAGUAUGAAAAUGGUGACAAGAUAGACACGCGAGACUUCCUGAAAUUUGAGCUUACCGAGUUUGUCAUGACAAUUCUUCAUAGAACAAAUUCUUCUGCCGUAUCCUCACGCAUCACAUCUGUUCAGAUUCUCGAUUUCCGCCGAACUUAUGAGCCUACGUCGUUAGAAAAGAAGAAGCCACAAGCACUUCUAUCCAUGAUUGAAAAAAAAUCUGCUAAAGGCCAAGUUGUGGCGCGCAGAAAUCCUUUUUUCGAGCUUAACAUUGAAUUUUCUGAAAGCAAAUUUCAACUUGAAUGUGUGUUUGAGCGGUUUUGCUAUAUCCACAAUUUAUACGCAACAUCAAAGCUUCGUGCAUACUUUAUCAAAAAAAAGUGCGAUGCCGAAGAACCUGCCUCUACAAAUACGGAAUCAGUAUCACCACCAAAGCUGACCAGGAAAGCAGCCGGGCUUCCGAGUGACUUGCUACAAAGCAAAUCGGUUGGAGAUAUGUUUGAGGCUCACAAAACUGCGAAAUUGAGUCAAAGUAGCUCAAAAGCACGAGCCAUUUUCGCAAGAGAAGUAUUUUUUUUGGUGAAAUUACCCGAAAUUGAUAUCAUUGUUCAUACAGCGGACAUCGCAGCAGAAGUCGAAAUCAGACUGCUUGGAACGCAUCUUCAGAAUGGUGCCGCGCAUAACACAUUCGAGUUAUUGAUCGAAAGUGCUGAAACGAAUUUUUUGGACCCAUUUUCCUUAAGCGAUGAUUGUAAAAACGACAAGAGCUGCUUUGAUGAGGCUACAAAUCGGAAGCGCUCGACAAUGAUGAAACGUUCUAGCCUGACAUUCUAUGGUCAAAAGAUUUCAGAGGGCUACUGGAUACCAAAGUGGGAAAUGAAAUGCACGUCACCUCCUGUCCAUCUUACAAUGUCUGAUAAGCAAUGUCAGCAACUCUUACUGGCAUCAAAGGAAUGGUAUGGUCCUGCUUCAGAGUCAAGAAAUGCUAAGGUCAGCAAAGCCGCUGAAUUUGUUGCUGUUGACGAACGUCUCUCAAUUGAAAUUUCGAUCCCUCAAAUAUUGAUUGACUUCAAUUGUGACUCCUCUAUUCAUGAAUCACUGAAAUUAGCAUCAAUAAUGUCGGAAGAACUUACUGGAUUUCAACUAAUUAUGCAAGACAUAAAUGUGGCAGCCAGGUUUUCAUCAGUUGCUCAAGCAGCUGCCGUCGAGAUGAACGCACUUUCAUUCGUCAAAAGUGGGAGGCAAAAAUUAGAACAUGGCAAGGCGGAUGCUACUAACUUAAAUUGCGCUUGUCCAGACGAGUCAGAAAAGUCAAGUCAUGACAUCCCUGAAAUAAGCGCUACACACACUCCCGCUUCCGCGUACGACCCAUUGACAGGGUGUCUAGUUAGCAAGCUGGUGGAGCUAAAUGGAAAAACGAGUCUCGAGGUGUCCAGUUUCGAGCCGUUGGUGGUAGGAUUAAAUGUUGAGCAAGUAGCGCUGUACUGGGAUCAUGACUUGCUGGUUGCUAUCGCUAGUUAUCACUUUGCCAAUCAUAAUGGUGAAAAUUCUAACUCUACAGUUUUUCCAUCUCUAGUCUCAGUAAACACUAAAGCUGAAUCUGCAUCUUGUUUUGGCUGUCAAGUCCGUGUUCAGCGCUGGUUCACAUAUUUCAUGCCGAAAGUAUGUCGACAUGAACAUAUUUCUUUUGCUUUGUGUGGAACGAACCUCCGCGGGAACAUUUCAACCGUUGACACAAAUUACGUACAUGCUGACUUAAGCAGCUUAGGCCAUAUUCAGCUGACAUCGUCUCGAUUGAAUCAAUGCGAGUCUACACUUUCAAACGAGGAUGAAAAAAGUCUGAGUGAGAUUUUCGCGGAAGAGAAGCAUGUACUUUUGCACGCACAUGCGCCCAUUCGAGUGAUGCUAGAGUCUGCCGGUUUUGGAUCAUUGAAACAUCGUGGCGGUGCUGGAAGUUUCUAUCACAUUGAAGUAAACGAAGUUCGGGUGAUUUAUAUGCACUUGUACUGGACUCAUUUUCUUAAUCAUAUUACGAAAGAGAUUGCUGGCUUUUUGCGGUGGAUAGACUUGCUUAGAAUGCCAGCCAUGGUGCAAUCUUUAAAUGACCGAUCGAAGCUGGAGCUGAGGAUUUCUCAUCUUACUUUUACACUGCCCACGUGUGAAGCAGCAGACGACCAUACUUCACCGUCGGAUAACGUUGAAUUUAAUCUGCAUGACAUCUCAUCGGUAUCGCGAGCCUAUCCAGAAGAUACAUCGCAAGAACAAUGCGGAAUUCAGGUGAGGAGUGUGCGAGUCACUGCGAAGAUGUCAGAAUCAAAAAGGGUACACCGUGCAACUAACGAAAAGGAAAAGAUUAAGCGUGAUGUCUCAGUACAAACUUUUAUUCUUGGAAAUUUGCAUGAUGUCUUCAUCGAACACGUAGCCAUUCCUACUGAUAAGAUCAGUAAGUUUGACGCGUGUAACAAACCUGAACAUUCAGUGUUAGAUUUUGUGACAGUUUUGGAACAUAUGGAAAAAGUGCGCAGUCACACAACUGUGAGUUUGUCAUCAUUAAUCAAUUGGUCUAUUGACAGUAAUCUUGCAAGAAGCAUAGAAGCAAAUGGCUCUUGCGAUUCAAGCAUAAGCGAAACUACAACCACUUUGGCUUUCAAUCCGUUCCAGCUCGAGCUGUUUUCACGCAUUAUAGACUACAACUUUGUAAGUCUUUCUAAUUGUACAUCUUGCAGCUUAAGCAAUGCCGAUGAAUUAAAAAUCAAUGAUAUGAUACUCAAUCUCGGCAAUUUGACUCUCGACAUUCUAGAUCCUUUUGAUACGUCAAUUGGAAAACCUAGUGAAAAUAUAUCCUCAAGUGGCGUGAAGAUCGCGCGCAUUUGCCUUGAGGGAGUCCAGGUGGCAGUGGAUGGAUUUGCCUCUUUGCGAUCUCAAGUACGCGCUAAAAUAUCUCAAGGUACAUUAUGGAAGAUCGAUUGUUCUGGAGAUGAAAUUUCGGCUGAGAUUGCAAACGAUAUCAAUUCUGAGAUACACACUCUUUGCGGUUGUAUUUUUUUGCCACCAUCAGAUAAUAUUCCAAGGCAGGGUAUUGACAUGACCUUAGAUCGAUGUGCUUCUUCACCUGAAGCGAUCAAUACACCCCCUGAAAUUCGAAUUCAUCUUGAUACCUGCGAGUUCUUGCCCGAAAUUGUCGAAUUCGGGCAAAGGCUCAGAUACAUUGCCUCGAUUAAAUCAGAGCUGUCGGGAAAAAUUGAAGGCGAAGAAAACCCUCUAAAUCUGUCAAUUACGACUGGCAUUGUCUACUACUUGGCUGCCGAAUAUGCUCCCGACGUAUUUGACGAGAAUGAAAAUAAGGCCGAAUUAUCUCGCCAACCAUAUACCGACAAAAAUACUUUAAAAUUAAUUGUCAGCGGAUGCAUCGUUAUACGCUAUCAUAGCAAUGACUCAGAGAGCUCUCAAACUCAAAUUUACGGGCGUAAUAUGUCAGUGAAAGUAAGAUCAGGGUGGCCACCGCUAUCUUCAGUAUCGUCGUUUUUGACGCCACAUAGAAGCUCGCCUGUAAAAACUGAGGGAAAAAUAUCACCUCAGUCAAGAUAUGAGCGUACAAUUUGUGAUGACUUUACGAUAGAUGUGGAGCUGAUCACUGCAGAAGACGCCGAGGCAACUAUGGCCAUUACUUUAACUCAUCUUCAUGUUGUCAUUUGCACUAUUGAUCUCUUACUCUUCAAUCAGGCCAAAUUGGUGCUUGGAACGCUUGACGACGUUACUGAAAGUGUUGAAGAUAAAAAAGAUGUUCACGAGGACUCCGAUGAAAAAGUCGUGGAUUUAAAACAUACCGAGAGGUCAUUGGUGCCACCAGAAAUCGAAUUUCGCGAGGAUAGUAUCAGUAUGGUUCAGCUACUGCUUGAAGAUACCAGCGUUACACUUCUUCAGCAAAGUGGGCUGCAUUUGUCUCCGGUUGCACGAGUCUAUAACUUUCGAGCGAUGUGCAAAGUGACCUAUGAGGUGGGAGAAAGAGUUAACGGAGUUGUUCCGACAUUGACGGAGUUAGCGGUGGAGUUUCCAGAUGAGAGCUAUAGCGAGCCAAAUGUCGACGACGGAAUCAGCGUUUGGGGAUUUAACGCAGCACUGGGCUCAUGGGAACCUAUUGUGGAGCCAUGGCUCUUCGAUCUGAAAGGAUCUUUGGUCCGUGAUGAAACUGGAGAGGUGACCGCAAAUGUUGAUUUUAUGGGAAAAGAAGGUCACUCUCUCAAAAUCAACAUAUCACCGGCUAUCAUCAAUUCAGUCUGUCAAUCAGUAAAAGCUUACGAGGGUAUUUUACGCAGGUCGCAUCCAUCUUGCAUUACAUCAUCGAAUGUUAUUUCAUCCGAUUGCUAUUUGGUGAAUGAUACAGGUGCGCCAAUCAUCUACUGGGUCACACACGACAUUGGAAAUGCGUCACGAGGUUUUACGUAUGCUGCUCAACAGCAGCCGAAGCGAGAAAUCCUUUUGAGUCGAGCUAAAGUCCCUCUCGAGUUAGUGACAUCGAUUUCUCCAUCUUUGCGUGCUGAGCAGACAGUCUCCUUCUGUUGGGAUGACAACUCUUGGUAUCCGCUAACAGAUAUUCCGAUUCGCAAUGCUGGCAAGUACAUUUAUGGGGUCCGGCCUCGGCUACAACCACAACUGUUGCAUAUUCUUCUUGAUGUAUCUGCUGCGUCUGGGUGCCGAACCCUGACAAUAUCGUCUCUAGUUCGAAUUUUCAAUGAAACGAAUGUUGCGGUCGAUUGCGGCAUACUUGAAUCUGAUGGGAAAACUAUUACCGACAUUGGCACGAUUGAACCUAAAGGAGCUUGGAGCGUUCCAUUUCGCUACGUCACAAAAAUUUGGUCGGUUCGAGUGUUUGUAAAGCCACACCUCAGUCAAAAACAUACGCGAGUGAUAGGUUCAGGUGAAAUCAAAUGUCUUGCGGCGCCUCCGUCUAUCGACAGAGUGUAUCGGUGGAGCAAUGAGCUGUUCAUUUGCGAAAAAGAAAAUAGCACGCUUCACACCGCGACGUGCUCGCUCGUUCUCGACGACUUUACUUGUUCAUGCUUAAAGAUGAUUAAAGGAACAGUGCCAUUUAACCCAAGCCAGAUAUGCAAAGCCAAUGGCAGCUACCUCUAUGCACAAAGCCGUGUCUUGACUUCGUCAAAUGCUAGCAGCCUACAAUAUGCGCAGCUCAAGCUGAUUUCCCCAUUGACAGUGGUAAACUAUUGUGGAGUACCAAUCUUUUUCGUCCUUCUUGCACUUAAACAGGUUCGACGUACGGGAGGAACCUUUGAGGAAUUGCAUUUGGUGGCAUCUGAGGUCAUCUCUCCGCGUGGUCGAAUAGAAACCCUGUCAUCUGCGCUUCAGGGCGAGACAUAUUGCUCUAUUUCAAUGACAGGUUCCAGUUGGAGUCGUUUGUUCCGAAUACCUGGUGUAUUGGACUCAUCUGAUAACAAAGCAAAAAAUGACACUCACGCUGCUGCGUUCAAGGCAAUAUCAUCCUUUCCCUUUAAAUUCAGAAGCGAAAGCAAAGACGUCGUGCUGUCCUUGUUAGAUUUUCAGUCGAGAACAGCUACUCUUAAUGUAUCUUUCGACAGGAAGGAUACAUGCGAGCAAAAUGUUGGGCACUACAUGAAUGUGCAACCACGAUUUUUGCUGCGAAACUCUACCUCGCUCCCUCUACUUUUUUCCCCUCAAGUAAAAUUAAUUGAAAAAUUACCUGGAACCAAAUCGAUGAUGGUGCGAUUUGCCAAGUCUCCCUUUUCUGCAUCUCGAAUAAAGCAAAGCAAUGAAUGUUGUGGUUCAGCCGACAUGGAAGCUAUUCACGCGAAGUUGAAUGCGCUACAAGGUCAAAAAUUAUCAGAAGACAAUAUUGAUGAGGAUGAGCUACAAGCACACUAUUAUUCAGAGGUGAGUGCAAUCAUGGUACAAGUGGAAGGGAACGUAUUGCGGUCUUCGAGUGCGCAGGAUAUCAGCCUUGAAACUGGAGCAAAUACGGUGCUUCGUGUUUACAAUGAGGCAACCAAGCGCUAUCAUGACCUUGUUGUACUUUUCAGUCAAGUUGGGGGUUCACGAUCAAUGGAGGUGACAUUCGUUGAGCGGUAUCUGGUGCUGAACAACACGAAUCACCUACUCUUAGCUUCUGCAGUAUGCGAUAUCGCUACUCUGAAGAAAAGCUUGGCGGACGACAAUAAAAUUCUAGUUGCACCACCGCGAUCCUUGUCCGAGUUCAGUUGGACAGCUCAUUCUUCUGUACCAUCCGAUUCGUGCGUUCGUUUAACAAUCAAGACCUCGAGUGAUAACCAAACUGAAAAUUUCCAGUGGAGUGGCAAGUUCUCAUUGCACGACGUCAGUGAGACAGCGUUGAAAAUUAGCACUCCAGAUGCAUCGCGUAUUUGUGUAUUGCGUGUCCAAGUCCGUGUCGAGGCAGCCGUGCAAGUUUGUAUCCUCGUUACCGAUGAGGACGUCGCUGAGUUUCCGCUGUAUCGAAUCAUUAACUCGUGUGCGCGAGAAACAAUAUGGUUCAAACAAGCUUUCGAUGGCGUGAAGGAAGACGCAUCGGCUUUCCAACGCGGUGUAAUGCAAAGUUUAGCACCAGGUCAAAGUGUAUGCUUUGGCUGGGACGAAGCAUUUUUUUUGGGCUCCCCAAACCGAGAGAUUAGUGUCUGGUACGCGCCAAACGAUGGAACGACGUCGUCUGAUUAUCACAGCACAAUUUUGCUUGAUCAACCCGGUGAAUCACAGCAAGUCGAGAUCCCUUCCAUAAUCGCUCUUCCAAAGGCACAUAGUCGCGUGUACAUACGCUGGCAUCUUCAGGGAAUCACCAAAACGAUGGUCGCGCAGGAUGCACCACUUAAUCGGAAGGAAAAAUUGGGUAAGCAGACUCGUCAGCUAGUUGCGGCGCACGGAGAAUCCGAGCGAGCUUCUACACCAGGCUUGACUUCGGAGGUAGUUGCCCAUUUUCGUCUGCCAAAUUUUAGCGUUUCGCUUGCGACCAGCACACCUGAUGAGCUUCUUCUCUUCUCGGGUCAAGAUGUGGAUAUAGCGUACGCCAAUAUUAACAAUGACCAUGAUCAGUGUGAGGUGAAGAUCGGGUGCUUUCAGCUUGACAAUCAGCUAACUGAAGCGAUUUAUCCCGUGGUCAUUGCACCGAUCUUAAAAAAGGGAAGCGGGUGUGCCGGGUUCCGAGAUGAUGCAGCAGUUCUAGACAAGCCAAAAUGUGCGGAAGUUCGAGCUGCGCAUGCUGCUGAGCCCUUGUCGCAUGAUGAUGGGAGCGUGGAUGGCGCAAAGGCCGACACGAAUUCGGGUUUAAGAGGUUCUGCCAUCAAUCGGCCGCAUUUCUUUCACCUAUCAAUUCUCCGAUUAAGCUACGAUGCUAAUAUGGAUUAUAUCAAGUACUUUUCUGCAAUGAUGCAACCGGCUCGCAUUCAAAUCGACGAAGCAUUCUUACUUGCACUGGCAUCAUUUGUUGCUGAUUGCAUUAGUAAGAUAGAAAACAAUUUUCCACCCAAGCAACGGCGUCUUACCAACGACGCAUCAAAGGUGUAUUUUAAGUCUUCUGACAAAAGGUUUGAGACAAAUUCGGAGCGGAGAAUCUAUAUAGAAACACUGCAACUUCACCCCGUCAAAGUUCAGCUUAGUGUCACAAUAUUAAAUCAUUAUGGAGACACGGAAGAAUCUGUUACAGGGCUAGCUUCGCUAAUAAAACUCCCGCUUGCAGUCACGAAAGCGUUACUGAGCUCAACAUUUUCCCAGAUCGACAGUGCGACGUUGUACCUGAAUGCCCUUCAUCUUAACCACGCGUUUGCAUCAGGAUCAUUCUUGAUGUCAACGGUGCGGCAACACUAUAUGCUGCAGGGAAUGCGUCAAAUUUACUCGUUAAUUGGUGCUGCCGAUAUAUUUGGCAAUCCUGUCGGUCUUGUGACAAACCUUGGUGUUGGAGUGAAGGAUUUUUUUUAUGAACCUGCCGCAGGUUUGGUCACGUCACCACAAGAAUUUAUUUUAGGUCUAUCCCGCGGAACUACCAGUCUGUUUACUCACUCGCUCUAUGGAGCUUUCAAUGCUGCCAGUAAGGUCACGGGCACUUUGUCAGAAGGUAUCGCAACCUUGUCUUUGGAUCGCCAAUAUCUUGCCAAUCGUCGGGCUCAAGGACCUCGCAAACAAGUGGCUACGCACAUUGGUACAGGACUGAUUCAUGGUACAAAGCAGUUUGGUAAAGGUAUUUUUGCGGGCGUUACGGGUGUCAUCUCUGCGCCAGCUCAAGGCGCGAUACAUGGUGGCUUCCCAGGAUUUAUUGAAGGAGUUGGCAAAGGAUUGAUCGGGGUAGCGGUCAAACCUGCAGCAGGUGUUCUAGACCUCGCAGCCACGACAGCAGCAGGAAUUACUGCUACCACUUCGGCACUUGAUCGUCGUUCUGGGUUGGGCAAAGAAGUUUACCGCCGACGAGAGCCUCGACUUCUUCGUCUGACCAGCGAUCAGCGAAUACGCGUGUACACUUCUGCUGAAGCGCUUGUUUCUCGGUUGCUGCUGACAUUACCGCUGAAAUACAAGCUUCACUUACCCAACGAAUUGUACGACACCCACUGCUUCUUACCAAAAGCUCGAAUUCUCGUCGCAACAUCCUUGCGUCUUCUCUUUCUUCAAUUUGGCUCCGAAGGAACAUUUGCUACACUGACAACAGCAAUCAUGUCAUCGACAUCGAUUCCACCACCAUUGGUACUUUGGAGUCAUUCCUUGUCACAACUGGUGGGUGCACAACGUACGCCAACGGGAAUCGCCUUGUAUCUGGGUGUGAAUGCAUUCGAUGCCGAAUCAAAUGACUUGACUGCAACUGUGAAAACUCACGACGACGUUGCAACCUUGACGCUCUCGGGACUAGAGGAAUUAGAGACCUUAGGCACUGAUCGUGUGCUAGCAUUCUUAGUUGACCUGACUAAACGGCAUCAAAGAGCUACAGCUACUAGCUACGGCACUGAGUAA